UGCGCUCGCGCCGCAAAUACUUCCCUUAAAUUGAAUCUUAAAAUGUUCUAUCGUUAUUUUUCCCUCACGACGAUCCUCACCAAACUUACCUGCACUCCGCAUUAUUCACAUAUCCUCCACCCGGUUCAUCUAUGAAUUAUACAACUUGAACCACUACGCUGCAGUGAAAAUGUUUCAUUGCAAACUCCACGAUUCGUCUACGAUACCGUGACCGAGACCCGCCGUCACCAUAGGACACACACCUAUGACAUAUACCUGCGCAUAAUCCAAUAUAAAUUUACACAUAUAUGAUCGAUAGCUUCGUCUAGAAUAUUAUCGAGGCUAAAUAUAGACCUCUUUUAAAAAGAAGCAGGUCAAGAACUUAUAUCUAUAUCCAGUUCACAUUCACAUUCCGAAAUAGAGAAAAAUAAAAACACUCUCUCUACCUCACGAACCAAGCCCAGCCGAGCCUAACCGAUAGCUGCGAUGGGCCGCCCUCCAGCUUACAUAUUCAUAAUUAGGCAUGGGAAUCGUCUCGACGCCGCCGAAAAGCAAUGGCACCUAUCCUCCCCAACCCCUUAUGACCCGCCCCUAACAUACGGAGGAUGGUUACAAUCUAAGACUGUAGGAGCAAGGAUCGCGUCUAUUUUACAAGAAAGGGAAGUAGAAGACGAGGCUAUCGCUGCCAACCAUAAACCCAACAAUACCACUGCCAAACCCAAGAAGCGCCGCUAUAAGAUUGUAAUACAUAGCUCGCCUUUUCUUCGAUGUGUCCAAACAUCCGUUGCUAUAGCCGCUGGCCUUGCCUCUAAUCCCUCUUUACCUACUCCUAAGGAAAGGUCUCCCUCUCCACGAAGUUCGCAUGUGUCUCCCUUGAGUUCGCCUCCCGUACGGUCCCAUACGGCCACCCCACCGCCGGCGAGCUUAGCAGAGAGAUUCGUUUUACGACUUGAUGCUUUCCUCGGAGAAUGGCUAUCCCCUGAUUACUUUGAGCACAUUACACCACCACCUAGGUCAGGUCUUAUGCUAGCAACAGCAAAAGCCGAGUUGUUGCGCCCUGAGAAUUACAAUGAAUACUUUCACUUCCAUCCUCGUCAUACCCCAAGCUCUUCAUCGCAAUUAUGGAAUGCUUCUAGUCGUGGGAGCCACUUAUCUUCUUCUAUCACCCCCGAAUCCGAUACCACUUCUGGUCUCGAUAACCUAUCCUCUUUGAAAGGCGGUUUGCCGACGAGAUACAGAAGUGACUCGACUGGACAUGUCAACCCGAGGAUAUUGCACAAGGUAUCCUCGUCUGACCCUACGUUGAACCCAGGAUAUAUUAGCCCGAUUCCUUCUUAUGCUCUUUCAACUUCCGAACCCAUACCAAGUGGUUAUGUAGCACAUGCUCGCGAAGCUUGUGUCGACCUGGACUACCACUGGGAUUCCAGUAGAGACGAUAUUGGCUGGGGAGACGGAGGUGUCCUGCCUGAGGAGUGGGCGGAAAUGCAUCAGAGAUUUAGGAAGGGUCUAAAACGAUUAGUCGAAUGGUACAGCACAACGAGAAAUCCCGCAGAAAUACUGGCCGAAACCUCGAGCGCGGUAUCCCGUAAGUUUCCACAAAAGGAGAGCGAUAACGACGGUCUAUCUGCUGAGGACAGUGAAGAUGUCGAAGUAGAAAAUGUUGUCAUCCUUGUUUCGCAUGGCGCCGGUUGCAAUGCGCUCAUAGGUGCCAUAACGCAGCAGCCAGUCCUUAUCGACGUCGGAAUGUCAUCUAUCACAGUGGCGCAACGGAAGCCAAAUUUUGACGAUGAUACUGGUACUCGUAUUUAUGGAGAGCCUGCUUCUUCGCUCGAAGAGCCUCUAUUAGCCAAGCAGGCUUCGUUAUCCGAUAUGUUCGAAUUGAGAUUGUUCGCCAACACGGAACAUCUUUCAGCAAUCACUCCACCCGGCAUCGGUCGCUCUCUUUCAGCCGCAGGCCAGAACGGGCGUGGUCGAAAUACUAACGGAUUCCCUCCUGUACUAAAAGAAGUUGGCACCUCAUUAUAUGAAAGCCAGGCACCUCUAAGUCGUAGUAACUCGAUAAAUGCCUCGCUUGGAAGCAUGCGAAGGGGUUCGCCAGUACCAGCACCAUCAGUUCGACAGCAUUUACCUAACACAGUGAGCGCUGGAGGCAUGACCGUUGGUAGUAACAUCUCCAGCGUCCCUUCUACCCGACAAGAUCGCAUAGGUUCAGUGGGGUUAUGGGAACCAUCAAACCAGGGCGAUGCUUUAUCAGAGAAACAAGCGGAGACGCCACCCGUACCGAGUAUUGACCGCCAGGCCGAAGCGACAAAGAAAAAUGAGGAUGUUCCCACGGGAAUACAAGAGGGUAACUCCCAACCCGAUAACGUCGGAGCUCCAAUCUCGAUAAAGAAGACCGUCUCAAAAACGGAAUCAGAAUCCUCGCAUGGUGAAGGACAUGACCAAUUUGAUGAAGAUCUUACACCGCGCCUCUGGGCCGGAGCUGGCAACGGCGGCCUGUGGGGUGCUCCUCGACCUCCGGGAGAGGCCGAAACAAUUCGGGAUUUCACCUCAACGAAACGAAGGUGGACCGUCAAUGAGCGGUAAAAAUCCCAUGAUAACUGCAGCCGGAAUAACCAAAUCACAAGGUAUCUGGCCCACUCCACUCGCCAGAUUAACGUGCUUUGCUGUAUGCCGCCUUGGUUAUCGAGGGAAGGUUUGCAGUAAUGCGGUUGUCGACAUUAGCAUUAGCAUAUUCCCUAUUUUCCGGGUUAUGAGGCAGAAGAGACGCGGAAUAGAUAAUCUCUAAUCCCAAUCCACCCUUAUCUCUAGCGAACCUCUCUAUUUCCCUUGCUCCCAUUUUGCUGUUUUUUCGGAGAAGAUACCUCUUGACAAGUCGAUUUUGGCAUGACCCAGGGAAUAAUAAGGGGAUUUGAAAGGGCCAAGUUUGAAUGGUAGUAGUAGUGGUGGUCCUAUAGGCUAGAUUGGAUGUUUACCUACUAGCCAUUAGUUGUUGAUGAAUAAAUGAAUGAAUGCCAACCUGGAAUAUUAUUGAAUGAGGAAUAAUUUGGAAAUGAGUGAUAAAGAGGUUAUAAGACUUGUCAAG